GUUGAAAGUAGAACCCAAAGUCUCUUCUUCGUAAACCAGACGUCUCCCAGAAACUCCCCUCCCCCAAAAUGGCGAUUUCUUAUAUUCUUCUCUUCAUACUAUCGUUCAUUUCCAUUUCUCGCUUCCUUGUAAUUUCAAAAGCUGGAGCGGAAUCGGAGCUUGUAGCCGAUCUUUUAACCCUUCAAUCGCAAUCAGAAUCGGGUGUUAUCCACUUAAACGAUCGAACCGUCUCGAAAUUCAUCACUUCCACCAAAACCCCUCGUCCUUACUCCCUCCUCAUCUUCUUCGACGCCAUCCCAUUACACGACAAAUCCGACCUCCGCCUCCCUGUGCUCGUCCACGACUUCGCCCUCGUUGCCUCUUCUUUCAUCGCCAACCACAACGGUUCCAACACCAAGUUGUUCUUCUGUGACCUCGAGUUCCGUGAAUCCCAAUCCUCGUUCAAACUCUUCGAUGUCAAUUCCCUUCCCAACAUCUACCUCGUCGGCCCCGAUGCGGAAUCCUUGAAAGACGACACAGACCAAAUGGAACAGAGCGGUUUCACCCGACUGACUGAGUCGCUCGUCGAGUUCAUCGAGUCCAGGACUCAACUCACCGUGGGUCCAAUCCAUCAUUCACCCAUCAUUUCGAAGAAGCAAAUGGUUCUGAUCAUUGGGUUUUUGUUGAUUUGGUCCCCUUUCGCUGCUAGAAAGAUCUUCGCCGGCGAAACCAUGUUUCACAAUCCAAGAAUUUGGCUUUCCGGUGCCAUCUUCGUUUAUUUCUUCAGCGUCUCGGGGGCAAUGCAUAUUAUAAUAAGGAAAAUGCCCAUGUUUUUGAUGGACAGGGAGGAUCCAAACAAAUUGAUUUUCUUUUACCAAGGAACAGGGGUACAGCUUGGAUUGGAAGGAUUCAUGGUGGGUUUUCUUUAUACAAUUGUGGGAUUGUUGCUUGCAGUGGUUACCCAUGUUCUUGUUUAUGUUAAGGAUUUAAAGACCAAGCGUAUAGGAAUGCUGUUUUCGGUUUUCGUAUCUUUCUGGGCUGUAAAGCAAGUGAUUUUCUUGGACAAUUGGAAAACAAGGUAUGCGAUUCAUGGAUUCUGGCCUUCCAGAUGGAAUUAAAAAGGUCAUCAUCAUCACCUUUGUUUGUUUCCUCGACUACUAUGAGGUGAAUAAUGGUUUUUGUGACAUUUGGAGAAUUUAGUUUAGAAUUUGAUAUCAAUUUUAGAUGUUUAAAUAACAUAAUGUUGGCCUUGAAGAACAUUGUUUUGUUACAAGUUGACAUCAUUUUUUCCUGGAAAAUCAAUUUGCUAUUAGAUUUUCA